AUGGACCCUGUUAGGUACUUUUCUCUUCUGAUUUUCAUCCUCACACGAUUUCACGUUUACGACCGUCUCCAGAAAAUACACACCCACAUAAGCAGUAUGAAGUUCUCCAGCAUCACCUUCCUCCUAACAAUCGCGACUGCUGCCAUUGCCGCUCCUCUUGAAGCAAACCACGACAGCAAUUCCGUCAACCUCGCCAGCGACAGCUCGAACAGAAAUACCGCCGAAGAAGCCGCUCCCAUGGCUAAAAGAGAAGGAGGCGAGGAUAAAGGGGUUCAUGGUGUUCUGUCGUUUGUUCCCACCCUUCUUAAGGGGAUCAAAUUCAACGAACCUGCUCAUAGCUAG